CUAGCGGGCCCUCCCCCCUGCAAGACUGAUGGAUGACCUGAGCUUCAUUUUGUCCCAAGGUCAGUCUAGUCUAGGGGAGUGCUGAAGCGAAUCAGUUCACGGCAUCUAGAAGCAGAAUUCAUGUGCAUUAUGGGCCCGUAGCCAUGUUUUCAAUUCGGACGUCAUGGGCGUCUCGGCCCAGAUCAGGCCGCCUGUAUACAGGGUUAUUACGAUGUCAUAGCACAGCCUCACCUCAGAAGUCCUGGGAUACGUCUCGAGCACGGCUUUCACGGUUAUGGCUUCCGAUAUCAGGCUUCACGGCUGCUUCGGAUCAAGAAGGCGGCCAUUCGAAGCUGAUUCGUGCUGGCUACCUUCGCCAAUCCCAUGCCGGCAUCUUUCACAUGCUACCGCGUGGUCAAAGGGUGCAGGAGAAGCUUGAAAAGCUGAUUGACAGGCAUAUGCAGCAAGUCGGAGCACUGAAAGUCUCGCUGUCGUCAAUUUCAUCCCAAGCGUUAUGGGAGAAAACCAACCGACUAGAGGGUUACGGGCAAGAACUGUUUCUGUUCAACGAUAGGAAAGAGACGGGCUAUCUGCUGGCCCCGACACACGAGGAAGAAAUCACCUCUUUCUUCUCUUCUCAUCUAUCAUACAAGAAUUUACCCCUGAGGAUCUACCAGAUUGGUCGUAAGUACCGGGAUGAGCUUCGGCCACGCCAUGGGCUUCUGCGAUCACGCGAAUUCACCAUGAAAGAUCUCUACACAUUCGACGCUGAUGUCGAAUCCGCGUUGCAGACGUAUGACGAAGUACGAGCUGCCUAUGAUCGACUUUUUGAUGAGCUCAAGCUUCCGUACCUAGUCGCUGAAGCCAGCUCAGGCGAUAUUGGCGGCGACUUGAGUCAUGAAUAUCACUUGCCUUCUUCUGUUGGUGAAGACAAUGUCAUGAGCUGCGACACUUGCUCCUACGUCGCCAACGAAGAACUCGCCAUUGCAAAGCCUAGGUCACCGGACGACGGUACCUUGGUAAAGCGGACCUGGUAUGGCAUCACCAAAGACCGUACUACACUGGUAGCAGUCGACUUCGCCACACCAUCCGGCAGCACGGGGUCUCCGGUCAAUACACAUGCUAUCAAAGCCAUUGUGCCGGACUUGGACCCUAGCAUCGAUGAUGCAAGAGCUUGGUACCACUCUUCUCGGGAAGGAGGGAAUGGCAUCCAGAAGACCAUCUGUCUGGUAGACCAGAGUUAUCGACUCGGAGAAAAAGAGGCAGAUAUACCAGCUGAAGGCCCCACGGAAAUUAUCGCUCGUCACCCCGAAUCCGGCGAACCACUCAGUCUCCUUCGGAUCCAGGAUGGCGACAGCUGUGCCCAGUGCGCAUCUGGAAAACUCAAGGUGCAGAAAGCUGUCGAGCUCGGGCACACGUUCCACCUUGGCACACGGUAUUCAGAGCCUUUGAAUGCAAAGGUCCGUUUACGGGAAAAUGUCAUUGUUCCUAUGCAAAUGGGUUGUCAUGGCAUCGGAGUAUCUCGCAUCAUCGGGGCUGUGGCGGACCAUCUAGCCGACACGAAGGGUCUGAACUGGCCCCGCGCUAUCGCACCUUACGAAGUGGUUGUCAUUCCAGGCCGCAAUACGAAGGACGAAGAUGUCGAUCUCGUAUACGAUCAACUUCAAGGACGCAAGGAGCCUGAAACAAGUCAGCCAUUGGAUGUUGUGUUGGACGAUAGAUCUGAGUCCUUUGCAUGGAAAAUGAACGACGCUGACGCUGUGGGAUACCCCGUCAUUGUCUUGCUUGGCCGAAGAUGGGACGGCGAAAGGAUGUGCGAGGUUCAGUGCAGAAGGCUUUCUGUGAAGGAAAAUGUACCAUUUGACGAACUACCCGUGUAUAUUAGUAAACUGCUGUCGCAGCUGUAAGAUAUGGAUAUGAUAUCCUUAAUGUAUAUUUACAUUUGACCUGUUUCGUAUAGAUGGACCUACUAACCACGAGAUGGGGAAUGAUUUAGAAAGGGAAAUUGUUCCCCCUGUGUUGUUGAACCGGUCUCUAUGGAAUUCCGGUCGGCCAG